AUCGCUUCAUUCGAUACAGUUUACAGUGCUGACUCGACUGAAUUUUGCCCCUUUCAAAGCCAUGCUCAAUAUCUAGCUGUCGGUACUUAUCAGUUAACCGAUGAGCAGCAGGAAAAAGUGCGUGUUCGCAAAGGCAAGCUUUACCUUUUUGACGUGACAGAUUCAGCCGUGACAACAGAUGCUCCCGGUGCCAUCGGGGCCUCCUCUACCACAGCAUUGUUGCAACCCAAGCAAACCAUUGACAUGCCUGCUAUUUUAGACAUGAAAUGGAGCCAUAACCUCAUCUGUGAUAAACAAAUACUGGGUGUGGUGGAUUCAAUAGGCGGAUUUCAUAUGUACAGCUUUAGCGACAGCGGUAACAACAGCAGCGACGAUCACUUGGUCAAUAUAGGACAUACACAAGCCACAGACGAUACAAGUGUACUUUGUUUAUCUCUGGAUUGGGCGAAUCGUCUGAACGCUUCUGAUAAGCGCGUCGUCACAUCACACUCCAAUGGUGAUAUUAAUAUCCUCAGUCCUCAUCAGGAUGCCUACGUUAUUGAACAGCAAUGGCACGCUCACGAUUUGGAAGCAUGGAUUACCGCGUUUGAUUAUUGGAACACAAAUAUCGUCUAUUCUGGUGCGGAUGAUGGAUUAUUCAAAGGAUGGGAUUUACGUAUACCUGACCAACCGACAUUUACUUAUAAACGACAUAUGAUGGGGGUGACAACCAUGCAAUCCAAUCCUCAUAGAGAACAUCAGUUGGUAACAGGUAGUUAUGAUGAAACCAUCUAUUUUUGGGAUACGCGGGCGAUGCGAGCGCCUGUGAAUACAGUACAGACGCCUGGAGGAGGUAUCUGGCGGUUGAAAUGGCAUCCUACGCGAGCGGAUCGACUGUUAUCGGCUUCGAUGCACGCAGGUGCCUUUGUAAUCGAUGUUUUGGACGAGCAAUACAAUACAAACAUAACAACAGAGUUUUUAGAUCACACAUCCAUGGCUUAUGGAGCUGAUUGGUGCUAUCUGAAAGACAUGACAGAUUUAGUGGCUAGUUGUUCCUUUUAUGAUCAUGUAUUACAUUUUUGG